UGAGCCAUAUGUGUGACAGGUGGAGUGGGUGCUAGAGGUGAUCCGGUUCGGGCUCUCCCUCCCGCUGUCGGAGCACGGCGCGCUGCGGGACUGCGUGCGCGUGCUGUGCGCGUGGCUGGGCGCGCUGCUGCCGCCGGCGCCGCCCGCCAUGCCCGCCGCGCCCGCCGUGCCCGCGCCCGUGCACGCCGCGCCGCACCGGUACGCGCGCAAGAUACUCAGGCAUCUGCAGAACCUGUUUGUGCCCAGGCCUAAUGAGAGCGGCGACCUGAUCAGCAAGCAGGCGGUGUUGUGCCACCGCGUGCUGCGGCUGGCGCGCGCGCUGGCGGAGCGCGGGUCGCUGGGCGCGGGCGAGUGGCGCGCGCUGCUGGUGCUGCUGCUGGCCGCGGCCGCCGCGCUGCUGGCGCCGCCCGCCGCGCCGCACGGCGCCGCCGAGCAACUCUGCGAGCGCGUGCUCUGCGUGCUCUUCGAGGUAUGGAUCCUGGCGUGCCACCGGUGCUUCCCGUCGCCGGCGCUGUGGCGCACGCUGCGCGAGCACUGCAUGCGCUGGCGCCACCGCGCGCCGCUCACGGACCACUGGGCGCGCGUGUCGCUGUGCCUCACGGCGCGCCUGCUCACCAUCCUCUACGGGCCCAUGUUCCCCGCGCUGCCCAUCGCCGAGGAAGACGCGAACCUGAUCCCGGCGGACAUGAGCUCGGAGGCGGUGAUACAGACGUGGUACCGCAUCCUGCACACAAUCGGCAACCCCGUGGAUCUGUGUCGGCCGCACAUCAUCAGCCAGACGCCGGAUUUCUUGCAGGUUAUACAGCAUGUUCAUAAAUAAUUGAUUUAGAAUGAACUUAUACAGGUUGUUACAAAAAGUAGGGUUUUAACGCCGCUUUGUUGAAAUUUAUUAUGUGGAUAAUAUAAUCCGUCUGGAAAUCUUUAUCAGAGGCCUAUGUUUACAAAUACAAAAACAUUUAUUCGCACAACACCAUGACACAUUCAAUAUACAAACGAAAAAAAGAGAUG